AUGUUGGAUAAUCCGCUUUACCGUCCGCUAUUAGAGGUGAUUAGAUCAGCCCGUAACGGGAUUGUUUACGGGGGUAAGAUAAGAUUCAGUCAUGCUUUGGUUAUCAACCUUCUAUAUAGAUCAGGACCAUUAAAACCCCGAUUUCAACAAGUUUUAAUGGCAACCAAAGACCAUGCCAAAGUAUUGGCGGUUUUUGCAGUUAUCUAUAAGAGUUUAGUAAACUUAUUAAGAAAAGACCAAUUUAUCGGUAGUGAUCAAUUAGGAUUAAUUAAAUUUUUGGCAGGAGCUUUAGGAGGUUGGAUUGUUUAUAGUCAACAUUUUAAUUACUUCCAUCCAGGAAUUACCCAUCAGGUUACCCUUUAUUGUUUUUCAAGAGUUGUUAUUGCAUUAAGUAAGAUUGUUUUAGAUUAUUAUCUUAAUUGUCAACAACCAAGUCUUAAAAUUAAUAACCAAUCAAUUAAAUUCAGUGAUUUAACCGAUAAUCAACAAAAUAAAUUAAAAUCAAAAAUUUAUAAUAAAUCCUGGAAGUAUUUUGCCGUUCUAGUAUGGGGGUUGGUGAUGUUCAUUUAUGAUUUCCAACCAGGUUACUUACAAAGUAGUUUAAGACACUCAAUGGCUUAUAUUUACGACGUUGAAAUGGACGUCUGGGACUCCUGGAAAGACUUCUUUGGUAUUUAA